CAUCGAACUACAGCUCCAUGAAGUAUUGGCUUGCUUUGAUUGCCAGCACAUCUGCCGUCCUCGCAGGACCGCUGGCGAAAGCGCAGGAACGCCUGCAGUUUCCCCUGACCGGAAGCGACCACAAGUACCCUGAACCCUCGCUGGAUGACCGAACUAGAGAAGAUCAAUGCGAAAGCACAAGGCAUCCGAUUCUUCGACAUUACGGAAUCGCAGGACUUGGACAACCUUGCAAGCUUAAGGUUGAUGAGACAGAUCUCGUUUCCUUCUCCAAAUGCCACGGAGCAGGUCAAGGCCGUACUUAAGACACUAUCCACGGCCGGACCUAAGGAAAACUUGGCGAAAUUCACCAGUUUCCGCACCAGAUAUUACCGGAGUGACACUGGACGCCAGUCUCAGCAGUGGCUCUUGUCCAAGAUUGCGGAGAUUACGGACGACUAUGCAUCGAAUUCACUCAAGGAGCAUAUCAGCAUCAGCGAAUUUAGUCAUUCCUGGGGACAGAACUCGAUUAUUGUCAGUAUCAAUGGUUCCUCUGUGGAAGACGACGACAUAGUCAUUAUCAGCGCCCAUCAAGACAGCACAAACAUAUGGCCCUUCCUACCUGCUCCAGGUGCCGAUGAUGAUGGCAGUGGUUCUGUGACUAUCCUAGAGAGUUAUCGGGCCCUCAUUGCAGCAGAGUUUCGGCCCGUUCGCACUGUCGAAUUUCACUGGUAUUCCGCAGAGGAAGGAGGCCUUCUAGGGUCCCAGGCCGUAGCUCAGUAUUAUGCUGCCCAAUCAAGGAAUGUUCUAGCUAUGACUCAGCUCGACAUGACGGCGUGGGUCAAGCGAGGAACUAGCGAGGAAUUCGGGAUAAUCACUGACUAUGUAGACCCUGACCUUACCGAGUUCAACAAGAAGCUCGUCGACGCAUACCUCGAAAUUCCUUACGUUGCCACGAAAUGCGGGUAUGCGUGUAGCGACCACGCCUCGUGGGGUAAGGCUGGUUACGCCAGCUCAUUCUGCACGGAGAGCGCCUUUGAGAACACCAACAAGUACAUCCAUACUAGUAACGACCGUAUCGAUAUAUCCGCCGAGUUCAGUUUCGACCACAUGCUGCGCUUCUCCAAAUUCGCUGUUGCUUUUGCGGUCGAGUUGGGUGGGUGGAAGGCAUGAAGCGUUUUACUCUCGUCUUGACAGCUCUUGUAUUAUCUGUUACACGUAAUGAUCUCGCGGAG